CAAAUCGCGGACGAGUUGCUCCUCAGGACGGCGAAGCACGACAACCCUUGCUCGCCAGCCACGAACUCGACAGCUUCGACCCGGACACGCACACCCUCUUCUCAGCCCACGACGACUUUGACACCGCUCACAUCAACAAUGGCACCCCAGCGACAGCGAGCACGCGGACCCCACGCCAGCACGGCAGCGUCCGCUUCCACGACGAAGUCCAGAUGAUCAGUCCCGUCCGGCAGAGCUUCGACGCGGUGGGCAGCGGCGGCGGUGGUGGGGCAGCAGAUGACCCCGACGACGCCGCCCUCGAGGACAUCGAGCGUGAGCAGCGCUCCUCGCGCUCGGGACGGCGGAUACGGCCUCUCAUCCAGGGGUUCUCGUUCCGAACUCCAGGGGGUGAUGCCGUCGAGGCCGCGUAUGAGCCGCUGAGCGGGUCCGACACGGUGGACCUGGAGGAGCUGGCUGCGAAGCAGAGGGCGGGAGGUGGACUCGUAGAUUCGGUGGCUAAUAUGGCCAACUCGAUCUUGGGAGCUGGAAUAAUCGGUCUUCCAUAUGCUGUCGCCCAGGCUGGCUUCUUUACUGGCGUUGUCCUCCUCUUUGUCUUGUGUGCCGUCACAGACUGGACAAUCCGCCUGGUCGUCAUCAAUGCUAAACUUAGCGGACGGAGCUCGUAUAUCGAGAUCAUGGACAGCUGCUUUGGCCCAAGCGGCAAAGCCGCCGUCUCAUUCUUCCAGUUCGCCUUCGCCUUCGGCGGCAUGUGCGCCUUCGGCAUCAUCAUCGGCGACACCAUCCCGCCCGCCAUCCGCUCCGCCUUCCCGGGGCUGUCCAAAGUGCCCGUGCUCUCGCUGCUCACGAACCGCCAGUUCGUGAUCGCGCUCUGCACCGUCUGCGUCUCCUACCCGCUCUCGCUGUACCGCGACAUCCACAAGCUCGCGCGCGCGUCCGGGCUCGCCCUCGUCGGCAUGCUCAUCAUCGUCACCGCCGUGCUCGUCGAGGGCCCGCACGCGCCCGCCGAGCUCAAGGGCGACCCCGCGCAGCGGCUGAGUGUGCUCGGCCCGGGCGUCGUGCAGGCGAUCGGCGUGAUCAGCUUCGCGUUCGUGUGCCACCACAAUUCGCUGUUGAUAUACGGCAGCCUGCGCACGCCGACACUUGAUAGGUUCGCGAGGGUGACGCAUAUUUCGACGGCGAUUGCGCUCGUCGCGUGCUGCACGCUUGCGAUCUCGGGGUAUUCGGUGUUUACGAACAAGACGCAGGGCAACAUUCUUAAUAAUUUUUCUUCGGACGAUACCCUAAUCAACAUUGCACGGUUCUGCUUCGGUCUCAACAUGUUCACCACUCUUCCCUUGGAGCUUUUCGUCUGCCGCGAGGUCAUCGAGCAAUACUUUUUCUCGCACGAAACCUUCAGCAUCCAGCGCCACGUCUUCUUCACAUCCACCAUCCUCCUCUCCUCCAUGCUACUCGCCCUCGUCACCUGCGACCUCGGCGUCACACUCGAGAUCACCGGCGGCGUCUCCGCCACCGCGCUCGCCUACAUCUUCCCCGCCGCGUGCUACCUCAAGCUCACCGACCCCGCCGUCCCGUGGCGCUCGCGCGCCAAGCUCCCCGCCGCCAUAUGCCUCGUCUUCGGCGUCAUCGUCAUGACCGUCUCGCUCUUCCUCGCGCUCGGCAAGGCGUGGACGCCCGAGGGCGGGGCCAAGAUCUGUUCGUAG